GCAAAGUCAUUCAACAUGGCGCGAAUCGAGCCUAUGGAAUCGGUGGGUGAAAUGAGCCCUAUCCCCAAGUGGAUCCUAGUCAAGGCUCACGACUUCUGGAACCGUCAGGACGUCAGGAAGGACAAGAAGAUACCCAUGCAGCAGGUGAAGGAGUCCCUGCUGAUGACGGACGAGUCCAACAGGAUCCCCAACGCCCUGGUCAUCGAGUUGCUCCGGAAGGCGGACGAGAACGAGGACGGGUAUCUGGAUUACGACGAGUACAUGAAGUUCGCAGAAGCUGCGUCGACACGUUCCAGAGGACGAGAUACGUUCAGCAGAGCUGCGAUGACAAUAAUCCCUAGAAAUGAGAGAACGGUCGAGAAGAGGACCUACUUUCAGAAUUACUCCUGUUGCCCGCCUCCUUUCUUCAUGGUCCUCGCGACCUUUGUAGAGACGGGCGUCUUCGUCUACUACAUGGUUGACAUGGGAGAGAAAAUGGAGGCUGCUGGACCAGCUCCUAUCUAUUCACCUCUUAUCUACAACCCAAAAAGACGUUAUGAAUGCUGGAGGUACCUAUCGUAUGCCUUGAUCCAUUCUGGGUACAUGCACCUCAUCAACAACCUCGUGGUCCAGUUUGUCCUGGGCAUCAUCUUGGAGGUGGUGCACGGCUGGUGGAGGAUUGGUACCAUCUACCUGUCAGGUGUGCUGUUCGGCGCCUUGGCCCAGUCCAUCUCGGACCCUGAUUCGUACCUGGCCGGAGCGUCUGCGGGCGUCUUCUCCGUGGAAUACGCCCACUUGGGGAACAUGCUGAUGAACUGGUCCCAGAUGGAAUUCCGGUGGCUUCAGCUGGUGGUCAUCAUCGUGCUGAGCUUCAGCGACGUGGGUUUCGCCGUGUGGGACAUUUACUUCAAUGGGAAUAAGACAAAGACCGGUCACGCGGCACAUCUGGGUGGCGCGAUCGCUGGUAUGACCGUUGGGACCUACAUUCUCAGGAAUUUCGAGAAGAGGAAGUGGGAGAAGUACUGCUGGUGGGCCUCGCUGUUGGUGUACCUCGUCCUCAUCGCCGUCGGCAUCAUCCUCAGCGCGACACUGCCCGUCCCUGGGUAUUUCCCCUACAACGACAAUGCCCCGAUCUGGCAUGCCAGGACGUAUUUCUUCGAGGAGAAAAAUAGAACACACUGAAGUGUUAUGUCAAAAGGAAAGAAUAAAAAAUCGGAAAAAAGAACUAAACUUUAAGAGAAGGAAUAAGUGUGAUGAAUUGUGUUCAGAAGUACAGAGCAAAAAGAAUAUUGUGGAUUGGUUGAUAUAGAUAUGAAUAACAAUAUUAUUAUUGACUGAUGUGUUUUCAUAGACCACUGGGUCACCAUCAGCGAACGAAGUAAAUAUUAAACGACAAAACGUGUAACGUCAUAAAAUCUAUGGUUUCAGUAACAGCUGUGAAGUGUUAACAGAAAGAAGACAAGAUAUAAAUAUACAUUUGUAAUCCAUGAAAAAGAACUGUGGUAAUUAAGAUAUUUUUCCAAGAAUGAUGAGUCUUGGAUUUUUUAAUAAAUAAAUUGGACAAUAAAUUCUUUGAUUUCUCUAUGAAAGAGAAAGGACAGUACCGAAUCAAAGCUAUUUAAAACGGAAAGAAUAUGGAAGAGUUGUGGAACUUAUUUUUUUAAAGAGAAAGAUCAGUCAAAUAAUGGAUUUUAUUUUUUUAAAAUUAAAGUAACUGACUUCUGUAAAAGAAUUUUAAAGAAUCUUGGUUCUUAUUUAUCCAAGAGGAGAGCAGUGGCGUGUAUGGCUUUUAUUUCUAUAAAGACGAAGCCUCGAUAACGGCUUAGAAAACUGAAUGCUAUUGAAAUAACAGACUGACUUUAUUUUUUAUUCUUUGCAAGGAAAAAGAACAUCAGAUUGCGUCGGCACUGAUUUCUUUGAGACAUCAGUGAAAUUCGAUGGAUUACAUAACUUCACAGUUAAAGAAAAAAGAAAGUUGCAGUGAUUCCUUGACAGAGAAAAGGGAUACUGACGAGUGCUGGACAUAUUCAUAAGAGUUCGAACAUUCUAGUGUUAUCUAAGAUUGUGCUUUAAUCAAUUACAUUGCCAGGAAAAGGCUUUAUACGUCUGGUUUUCAUAUUGUCACAAACCUGAACGCAUCCAAGAGUUCAUUUCAUGCAUAUAGAUAUUUUAACUUUAUGUGAAUCUCACUUACAAAGUAUUUAACGCACCCAAGCUAUAAAAUCGUAGAAUAUAGCGUUGAAACGAGAUUGUAGUACAAAAGCUAGACCACUUGCAUUUAUGCUUUGAAAACUUCGUGCCUUUCAAGACGCUGUGUGAUUACUUUUACGAUACAAGUUGCCUGUGUUUGUACCUAGUACGGUGGUGUUUCUCCACAACCCUAAUGCUUGAACGUAUAAUGAUUAGUAUUUAUUAUUAAAAAUGUCAAGCUUUUCAGAUUGAUUAUAGGUGAAAAUAUUCUGAGAUGCAGAUCGGUAUGACAGAGUUGGACAACUAUACUACCUGUGUUUAUCUGAAGAAUUUGAAUUUUAGAUUUCUAGCUCUGAUUUCAGUCAAGUUGCUGAGUAUCAUUUGCGUGUGAUUGAGGGAGUAAUCAAGUAUUUUUUUAAAACUCAAUCCUUCAGUGAAUUGUAAAUAUAGCACUUUGCCAGUUAAUGUAGUAGCAUGCAGCUUAAAUCUUUGAAGCAAUAACCAACAUUUUGAUUAUAAUUGAUCUGUACAACGAGGAUAACGUUGUUAUUCUUUUUACCAGAAGUAGUAGUAGUAGUAAUAGUAGUAGUAUAAACUGAAGUAACAGUAUUUAACAGUAGUUAUUGUUAUUGGAAAAGUAAUAGUAGUAGUAUAAACUGAAGUAACAGUAUCUUACAGUAAUUAUUGUUAUUGGAAAGUGGAAACUAACCCUCCUUUGAUAUGUUGCAGGCUUAGUAAACAUCCUCAGAACUUUUGAAGACGUCUGAGUCUUCCCCAGUGCACAUCAAUAAUCCCUCUCCCCACACCAUCCUCCCUCCCACUCCCCAUCCUCUAUCCUGGUCCCUGCUUAAGCUGGGUUAAACAGGUAAUUGGUUUACAAUGGUAAAGCCCUGUGUUAGUCAAUUGAAAGAUAUGCAUUUGUGUCCAUGGGUCGAUUUUUAAGGGUAUUCCUUUGCAAAGCUCAAUUGAUACCCAUCUUUGAGAAUGGGAAUAUUGUCUUCUAAAAGUUCUGAUAAUACAGAAGAUUCAUUAAAACAAAAGAAUUUUUAUUUUACAGAAGGCUUUUUGGUCAUUACCAU